AUGUAUCAGCGCAACUCGACCAUGGCGCAUCGGCGCAUCAUCAACCAAGGCGCGGAGCAAGCGCGCGAAAACGUGCGGCGCGGCUACGCAGACAAGUACGAAGACGAUCCGCUCUACGAAGAACUCGGGAAUGAGGCUCGCAUCUGGCGCGUCAUGCUGGACGAGGGUCGGAUCGUCGACGCUGCGAUGCUGCAACGCUUUCGCGACCAUCUCGAUGUGGACCUAGUUUUUGCCGGUUUGUUCUCGGCCGUCCUCACGACCUUCGUCGUCCAAACAUCGCAGACCCCCUCCACUACCGGCGACACUACCAUUGCUCUCUUACUGGAAAUCAUUGCCAUCCAGCGAGCAUGGGCGAACGAUCCUCGUGUGGAUGGCGUGGCUUCCUUCAGUCCUCCCCCACCGGCGCCUAGUCCCAGCCCCUGGAUCAAUCGCUGCUGGUUCCUCAGCUUGAUCUUCAGUUUGUUGGCUGCAUUCGGCGCCGUCGUCGUCAGGCAGUGGCUGCAGGAGUACGAGAGCGAUAUCGCCGGGCCUCCCAAGCGGCGCGCGCUCGUCCGCCACUUCAGACGCGUCGGCUUGGAGAACUACAAGGUCCACGUGAUUGUGCCGAUCCUCCCCAUGCUCCUGCACGUCUCGCUCCUUCUGUUCUUCAUCGGGCUCAUCCUCUAUGUCGGUCAGUCGGAUCCCACUAUGUCCCGCGGCAUCAUCGCACUCACCGUCAUGAUCUACUUGCUCUAUGUCUUGACGAAUGUCCUGCCCGUCUUCUACCCACAGUGCCCAUAUCGCUCGCCGCUCUCCACCGCUGGAUAUUGGGCCAAGUCCUUGUACAUGCUUCUCCACGCCCGGCUUCCCUUAGAGCGUCGACCACGGGAGACGUUCGCUAUGCCUCCUGGGGGUGCUCCGAAGGACCUUCCGACGAGUGAUCUGGAGGACGAUGAGGGCGAGACUAGCGCGGACGACGACAGCGGGUACGAGGAAGGCCACAGCGUGUCGCUUCGUAGGGGUGUCAUUUGGGCUAAAUCUCGCGGGCGUCAGCUACACGACUUCAUCUGUGCAAUCAUCCGAACUGUUGGCACAGCAUGGAAGAGAUAUGGGCUGGACGCGCUCAAGAUACCCAGUGAUCAUGAAUGGGACACCGUGCUUCAGAAAUCAGAUGAUCUGAUACCUGAUAGCCUGGAUUGGGCAAUGCAGGCGUCACCAGAUCUGUCCAUCGCCCCACUCGUCGUGCAGGCCUCAGCUGGUCUUCGCUACGAAGGUCGUAAUUGGCGGUCAUCGACCCAACCACAUACAAGACUUCUGCACAACCGCAUCAUACCUUGGUUCUACAAUGCUCUGAGUACACGUCGAGCGGUCUUUGAUUGGGCACCUGGUCGAGAUAACGAGCUUCUACGAAUGGCGCACUCUCUCUUGCUCGUCCAAGACUCGCUAGGCAAGGCUCAGUUUCACUUGUGCACCUCGCGGGUCUUCCAGGCCUUGACGCUUGCGCUACUGGAUCUUCCGAACACGCCUGCAGUCACAGCAACCGAUAUGGCGCAGAUGAGUGCGACUCUUCUGGCUCUCCAACAAAGACUCGACUGGUUGACGCCGUUUUGGGUCCGGAACGACACUGGCGCAGUUCUCGAGACUAUUGCCCAGGCAUAUUCCUUGCUCAAAGACACACCUCUGGUCACAGAUAUGGGAUGCCUGAAGAUAACAUCUUCUCGUGAUUCUGUGGACGAUGCCUCUCGCUUACACAUGACGUGCCAUGCAAUUGAUUCGUACUCCAAGGAAGAUAGUGCCGACGGGAAUGCAGCGUUCGACGAUAACCUCGGCUUUCUGGCCGCGAGAUUGACCGACUUGCUGCUUACCACUCUCGGACAUGACUCGAUCGACUCUGCGCUACGUACCAUUGGACACUCGGCAGUAUCAGCCGCGUUCAAGUCGACAUUCCUUGUUCAUCCCCCUCCAUCAUUUGCGGGGUCUGGACUCACGAAUACACCCUUACCCGUGACCUUCGCCAUGUCAUUGUUUUGGUUCCUCCUCAAGCUUGCUCGAGAACCUGAACAUACGGUUGACAAAGUCGCCAUCCUCAAUGCCCUGUCUCGCCAUGCUUCCAACUACUGCGAAUUUCUAGCAGAAGCUCUUGACAAUGACGAGAUCUCGGUCGAGCUUCUCCUCGAAGUGGUAUCUACAGUGCUCCAUGAUCACCAGCUGGCUUGCCUGGACAUCACGGAUGCUUUAGCCUUAUCCCUAGCCACACAGCUCAGCAAAGUGGCAGCGCGCGCCAACUCAGAGCAGGUCGACAAGAAGUUUCCUGCUGCAUCGUACAAGCUGCACUCGGCGUUGCUCUCGCUUAAGCCGACAUAUCGUGACAUGUGGAAACAGCAGCUAGAUGAGCACUUAAGACCUCGAGUUAUUCCACUUGUUGUAGCGCUAGCGCUGAAGACGACGCAUGGCUGUGAAGCGCUAGCAGAGUGGGUAGAUGACUUGCCCUCCUUGGUGCAGGACCCAAGCUCGAACUUGGAUAUUUCGGUUCCGGAUGAGGCUAAAAAUGACGAGGACCUGAAUUGGUAUCGCCACUUCACCAGCGAUCCCGGCAAAUACAUUAAUGCUCGGCCCAGACGCUGGUGGUUGCACAUAUCCGAGCUUGUCAGCUUCGACGAGGCCGUCGAACGAAUGCAAAAGAAGGACGCUAAACAUGCUUGGGAGGACGAGCGAAGAUUGCGAGGCAACGGCGCAGAGGCUGACACCAGCGACGACGCCGAGAGCCCUGGUCCCGUUCAUGGCGGCCUCGAAGAUCGAGGAGGCGCCGAGCAUACGCAGAGCCAGAUCAUCUCCCGACUCAGAGACCUCGGGGCUUGGGGAGUCGCCCCGUUCAAGCGUGUUCGGCCAUUUCUAGCGAGCGUGCGCCGUCCUCGUCUUGGUUCGUCAUUCAUCAAGCUCGAUGAUAUCGACGUCGAGCGUACCGCGGGAGCCUCAAUUCUCCCGGGCCCGAUGCGGAGCGAGUCAAAUCCUGAGACCAAGGAGACCGAGCAGAAUCCUGGGAUCGAGGCACAAGGGCUGGCUCUACAAGGCCAGCCGCGCGGCAAGCGGUUUGUAACGGCUGCCUCCGGGAAACUAGAUGAGCAGGAGGUCGUAUGCGAUCCGGAGCAAGCACGGCACGCUCAUGAGAGAUGCGGCGAGAAGGGCCAGGAGAAGGGGAGCGGAAGCGCGUGCAUGCCGACGAGGGAGAGCGUGAACGCAGACGGGGGAAAGAUGCGGCGCGCGGCGGGGACGAUGUGGUGGGAGGCGCGGACGAAGAGCAGAGGCAAAGGAAAGGAGCCGGGCUGGGCGGUGUGGGAAGCGGCGGUAGGGCUUGCGCGGAGGGGAAUCGGGAGGGAGGCAGGAGGAACGGGUGGGAGGGAAGGAAAGGAGAUGGGUGGACGCGACGGGUGUAGGAGGUCCCACCGACGGGGUUCAAGGGCGGAGGACAUGGUGAAUGUACGGUCCGCAAGGAGGGGUGCGAGCAGUGUGGAGGACUUCGACCAACCAUCACCCAGUGCGGAAGCCACUCCUAGCGACAACAAGGGCCUCUUGCGCGGCUUUGGCGUCACCAGCAGGAUGCCUCGCUCGAGGUCGCAAUACGCUUGCCCGCGGCGGUUGCCUCUUCUCUUCGACAGCAGAAAUAUGCUGCCCGCCGUCAGCGGCGACGUUGACAAAUGGUCGUGGAAAAGCAUUACAUUGGCUGGAACUGUAUACAGGAAGAAGAGCAGCGGGAUCGUGCAACCAACGUGCAACGUUCUCAACGCGAUGACGGACGCUGCCCGGGCCGUUGUUCCGAUCCCACGUGCUCUCAAUUGCGACUUGACUUCGGCUAUCGCCGAGAUCAAUGUCAUCGGCGUCUGCCUUGGAACGGUUUGGAAAUCUCGCUCACCUCAUACCAUUGUCGCCCUCAUGAUCGCUGGUCAAAAGGCAUCGACGCUCGGUUGA